AUGGCGCUGGAGAAGCUGCAGGUGCUGCACGCGCUGGACGUCGCGGAGACGCAGCGGUACCACGUCCGCGCGGUGGUCAUCGCCGGCACGGGCUUCUUCGCCGACGCGUACGACCUCUUCUGCAUCACCCUGGUGACCAAGCUCCUGGGCCGCAUCUACUACCACGUCCCGGGGCGCGGGGAGCCCGGGAGGCUCCCGCCCAGGCUGGAGGCCGCCAUCAGCGGCGUCACCUUCUGCGGCAUGAUCGUGGGGCAGCUCCUCUUCGGCUGGCUCGGCGACAAGGUCGGCCGCAAGAAGUUCUACGGCAAGACCAUCAUGCUCAUGAUCAUGGGCUCCUUCCUGUCCGGCCUCUCCUUCGGCAACAGCGCCGGCGGCGUCAUGGCCACGCUCUGCUUCUUCCGCUUCUGGCUCGGCGUCGGCAUCGGCGGCGACUACCCGCUCUCCGCCACCAUCAUGUCCGAGUACGCCAACAAGCGCAACAGGGGCAGCUUCGUCGCCGCCGUCUUCGCCAUGGAAGGCCUCGGCGUCCUCUCCGGCUGCAUUGUCACGCUCGUCGUCUCGGCCACGUUCCAGGCGCGCUUCGGCGUGCCGGCGUACGAGGACGACCCCGCGGCCUCCACCCCGCCGCAGGCCGACUACGCGUGGCGGAUCGUCCUCAUGGUCGGCGCCAUCCCGGCCUGCUUCACCUACCACUGGCGGAUGCGCAUGCCGGAGACGGCGCGCUACACGGCGCUGGUGGCCCGCGACGCCGACAAGGCCGCGCGCGACAUGUCCAGGGUGCUGGAGGUGGACAUCACGGGCGAGCCGGACAAGGUGGAGAGCAUCACCAGGGACAGGGGAGAUUACGGCGUCUUCUCCCGCCGCUUCGCGCGCCGCCACGGCGCGCACCUCGCCGGCGCCGUCGCCUGCUGGUUCGUGCUGGACGUCGUCUUCUACUCCCAGAAUAUCCUGCAGGAGAAGAUCUUCAGCGACGUGAAGUGGGUCCCCAGGGCGCGCACCAUGAGCGCCCUCGAGGAGACCUACCGCGUCGGCCGCGCGCACGCCAUCAUCGCGCUCUGCGGCACGCUGCCUGGCUACUGGUUCGCCAUCGCCUUCGUCGACGUCGUCGGCCGCAAGGCCAUCCAGUUCCUGGGCUUCGCCAUGAUGAUGGGCUUCAUGCUCGUCAUCGCCGCCUUCUACGACAGCCUCAUCAGCCCCGGGCGCCGGAUAUGGCUCGUGCUCAUGUACACCUUCACCUUCUUCUUCGCCAACUUCGGGCCCAACAGCACCACCUUCAUCCUGCCGGCGGAGAUCUUCCCGGCGCACCUGCGCACGACGUGCCACGGGAUAUCGGCCGCGGCCGGGAAAGUCGGCGCUAUCGUUGGGACGUUCGGGUUCAUGUACGCCGGGCAGAAGGCGGACGGCAGCGAGGCGACGGAGACAGGGUACCCGUCGGGCAUCGGCGUGCGCGCCUCCCUGUUCGUGCUCGCCGCGUCCAAUGUGCUGGGAAUACUCUUCACCUGCUUCCUACCGGAGCCGAAGGGGCUGUCGCUGGAGGAGGUGUCCGGCGAAGGCGGCGAGUCCACCAAUAGAGGUGAUGCUGAUGACGUGGGAGACUCCCAGAUUCUCCGGCUGUAG